GUUCCCCGUCGUCAAGGCUCAGUGAAUCAGAUUACACUCGUAAUAAUGCUAAUCAGUACCAAUACUUAAACAAGUCUGAUUCGCUACCUUAUCUUCGCCAUUCUCCAAACAAUCCCUAUUUGAAAGCGAGUAAAAGCAGCGUCGGUUUUGGACUAGAGGUGAAUGAUUCUACGUAUAAUGCAAGAGGACCUUCUACACCAACUGUUACUGGAAGAGGUAAUUCAUUGCCUGCUCAUUAUCAGCAUGUUGAUGAUACGCAUUUCUCGCACGCCAACUAUAACAUGGGCGGGUUUGCUGUUAAUCCUUCAUCAUCACCGAUGAUGGCAAGCCAGCUUGGGAAUGGAAAUUUGCCACAUUUCUUUGAACAUGCCGCACCACCGUCUGCAUUAGGAAUGAAUGCCAUGGACUCGAGGGGCUUGGGAAGAGGCGCAAAUUUAGGACCUUUGUUGGCUGCAUCGGAGUUACAGAAUGCAAGCAGGUUGGGAAAUCUCACUGCAGCUAGCCCUCAUCAGCUUCCCAUGUUUGAUCCUUUGUAUCUUCAAUAUCUGAGAUCAAGCGAAGUUACUGCUGCACAGAUUGGAGCUCUUAAUGAAUCUGCAAGAAAUAACAACGUACCGGAUUUACUUAGCCUCCAAAAAGCUUAUAUCGAGUCAUUAAUUGCUCAGCAAAAAGCACACUUUUCUUCCCCUUACUUAGGUAAGUCAACUAGCAUGAACCAUAAUUCUUAUGGAAAUCCAUCGUAUGGUCUCGGCAUGUCGUAUCCCGGAAAUCCUCUUGCAGGUUCUUCCUUCCCAAACUCCAUGUAUGGACAAGGUAGUCCUAUGAGCCAAGGUGAGCGAAAUGCGCGUUUGUCUGGGAUGAGGAAUGUGGCUGGCGGUGGUUUAACGGGAGCUUGGCAUUCGGACGCUGUUAGUAAUUUGGACGAUAACUUUCCACCUUCCUUGCUCGAUGAAUUCAAAAGCAACAAGACCAAAUGUUUCGAACUUUCAGAAAUUUCUGGUCAUGUUGUUGAGUUCAGUGCCGAUCAGUAUGGAAGCCGUUUUAUCCAACAGAAACUUGAGACUGCUUCGGUUGACGAGAAAACCAUGGUUUUCCAUGAAAUAAUGCCGAAUGCACUAACACUAAUGACCGAUGUCUUCGGUAAUUAUGUGAUUCAAAAGUUUUUCGAGCAUGGAUCAUCAGAACAAAUCAGAGAACUGGCUGACCAACUUACUGGUCAUGUGCUGACACUAAGUCUUCAAAUGUAUGGCUGUCGCGUUAUCCAAAAGGCUAUUGAAGUGGUUCAUUUAGAUCAACAGACAAAAAUGGUUACGGAGCUGGACGGUCAAAUUAUGCGCUGCGUGCGUGAUCAGAACGGAAACCAUGUCAUCCAGAAGUGUAUUGAAUGUGUGCCUGAAGGAGAGAUUCGGUUCAUAGUUUCAACGUUUUAUGACCAAGUUGUGACGCUGUCAACUCAUCCAUAUGGCUGUCGUGUUAUACAGAGAGUCUUGGAGUACUGCCAUGAUCCUAAAACUCAACAGAUUAUGAUGGAUGAGAUUUUGCAGUGUGUUUGCAUGCUAGCACAGGAUCAAUACGGGAACUAUGUUGUACAUGUUUGUUGCAUCUUAAUUGGUAUUGUAAAAUCGUUCGAGUUUAUGAAGCACUUAAAUCCUACGAAGCACAAACACGAACACUAG